AUUUUCCCGCCCCUCCUCCGGCACCUCCUGCUACAAAAACGAGUGAACCGGGCAUCUGGAGACCGAUUCGGAUUUGGCACCGACACCGGAUUCUUCACUGCUGUGGAUUAAAAUUGGACCGUGAGCGGAGGUUCUGACGAUCUGUGAUGGAUACACCUCCGAUGUUCGUGGUGAACGGGGCGAGUGAGGCAGAGGAGGACGACGCGGCAUCGCUGACAGAUGACCAUCUCUUGACCUUGAAGGCCAUGACGGAGAAGUUAAGACUGGAGACCAGGAGGCCUUCUUACCUGGAGUGGAAAGCCAGACUGGAAACUGAAAACUUCGCAAAGUUGACAAGUGGGAAAGGGCAGCAACGGGAGGAGCCAGAAGGCAAACAAGAGACGCCCGGAGAGACCAAAGCGAACGCAAACGUGACCCGGUGCAAACUGUCAUCAGGUCUACUGAACGGAAUCGGGGACAUUGACGAAGCUCUGAGUUCACUCAGAAGAGAGCUGGCAGACAUGCGUUUGCAAGACCAGCGGCUGGCACGGCAACUCAUACGGCUCCGGAACGACAUCAACAAGCUCAAGAUCGAGCAGGCGUGCAACCUGCACCGCCGAAUGCUCAACGACGCCACCUUUGGCCUGGAGGAGCGAGACGAACUGUCAGAACUGCUGUUCGAAUGUCCAGUGACCCCGGGACUUGGCCUCUCGGCCCCGUUGCGACUGAUCGGCGUCACCAAGAUGAACAUUAACUCUCGCCGUUUCUCGCUCUGCUAGUGGUGCCUGAAAAUGCAUCUUGUCUGUCAGGGCUACAUUGUUGUUUUAUAAUGCAAAUAUUACCAUUUGAGUAGAUUUUUACUGGGUAAAAACUUUCAUAUGAUGCUUUCACUGUCUGCUUAUCACUACGUGCCGCACAUACAUUUGUAUCGUGUCCAAAAUCAAUUUUUUUUUAUUACUGGGUGAAAAUAUGUCCCUUGAUCAUAUUUUAUGAAAAAAAGAAAAAGGAGAAAUUUCACACUUUUA